AGACGAAUAUUAACAUUUCUUGUAGCAUUGCAGGCAAAUUUGUUCACUAUUAUUAAUUAUAUAAUUUGAUAAGUAAAUGAUAUUUAUUUGAAUUUAUCACUCAUAUUUUACUUCGUUUUUUUAACAGCAUUUGAGAAGGAAAUAGAUUUCUGGCUUUGGUUCAUGGAACGGAUGAGUAGUUGGGGUUCUGCGGUUAGUAGGGUUUCACUUUCAGUGAGUCAAAAGGUAGAUGAUGAUGAUGCUGAGAGUGAGCGUGUUUCAGAGGCUGGAGAUAUUGGGGAUCGAGCUCUUCAUGGUCCAAGGCACAGUGAAAGUAGUAGCCUACGGUUAUCUUUGGAUAGCACACAAGAAAGUGGAGUUGUUUGCAUUCCAGGGGACCAUGAAUUGCAUUUGCAGCAAAAUCUUGCUUCAUUGAAUUAUGUGUAUUCCGUAACUCCAUUGGAACAGUUCCCUACCCCUGUUUCUAUUAGUGGAGAAGUUCUUUAUCAAGACAAAAAACAAGAACUUGACAUGAAGUUACCCAAGCUACUGGACUAUGUUUCGUGUCUAACUCAAUUAGCUGUUUUUGGCGUUCUUGGAGUUUUAACAAGAUACUUGCUGGAAAAGUUAUUUGGUCCAGGCGUUGGUGAUGUGACUAGUAAUCAGAGUAUUCUUUACCCUGAUUUGCCUUCUAAUAUGGUUGGUUCCUUUUUGAUGGGGUGGUUCGGUGUUGUGUUUAAAGCAGAUAUAUCCCGCGUGUCUGAGCAUUUAGCCAUUGGACUAACAACUGGCUACUUAGGGAGCCUAACAACUUUCAGUGGUUGGAAUCAGAAAAUGCUUGAACUCGGUAUUGCUGGACACUGGCUCUUGUCUGUGCUCGGCAUUUUAAUAGGAUUGUUUCUUGUCGCUUUUUCAAUCAUCUUUGGAGUAGAGACAGCUAAGGGUUUCAAGUGGUUUCUCAACUGGCUAAACACGAGACCUGGAACUGGAAGUGGCAAUUGUAUCUCCAAGGUCAAUUGGAAGGUUGACAGCUUCAUACGUCAUCUAGUAGUUACCGUAGUGUUCCUGGCGAUGUUGGGUUUAUUAUGGGGUGGAGCUAGUGUAUUGGAAAGGGAUGAGUUCAAGCAUGGUGGUAAUGCAGCUCAGUUGUGGUUUGCUUGCAUUGUUGGACCUCUAGGUGUGUGGAUUAGGUGGUUCUUAGCUCGACUCAACGGGGGUGGAAUAGGAGCAGGGUGGCUGAAAUGGCUUCCAUUUGGGACUCUAAUUGCCAAUGUUUCUGCUGCUUGCGUCAUGGCUGCACUUGCCACAGUAAAGAAAUCUGUGAAUACCACAAAUUGUGAUACUAUAGUAACAGGAAUUCAGUUUGGUCUGUUGGGCUGUCUGAGUACUGUCUCUACUUUUGCUGCUGAGUUCAAUGCAAUGAGAGAAAGCGUGUAUACUUGGAGAGCAUAUGCCUAUGCUAUGGUUACAAUAUGCCUCUCACUCUGUCUAGGGAUCUUAAUAUACUGCACCCCUCUUUGGAGAAUGUGAGUAGGCAUACAAAGUACCCUCUUGUCCGGGCAUUUAACAACUUCAUGUAUUUUCUUUCUGUUCAAUGUUAGCUGACGGGUCAAUUGGUCAACGAGUUAGA